UCACCGGAGUCGGAGGAGGGCUUACAAGCUAGUCGCUCUCUCAGCUGUUUCUAUUCGCUUUUUAUGCUGGGAUAUUUAUAACGGUAAACGGCGUGUUGCCAAACAGACUACACGGAGCCGCAGAAGACUGGAACCGAUGCUUUGACUUUUUUUGUAUCACUAUCUACAGGCGUCAGUCCAGAAGAAUGCAGUAGGUGGGCUAAAUAUCAGAAGCAGCUACUAAAAUCUGCUUAUCAAGGAUAACGUUUACCUCCAAAACAUCUUCAGUCGUGCUUGUCCCCGUGUCAUAUUGCAUGCAACCUGCAUGUAGCGGGAUAUCAGAGCUUUCUUCAAGAAGGAGAGGCUCUUUGGCGGGUAAACGAGGUGGAAAUCUUAAGUGAAAGCUUCACUUGAGUUUGCUGAUUGGGGACAUGGAAGGAGUUUGACUCCGUCUCGCUGUUCAUGGAAGCAGCAGCAUGUUUAGGGCAUGAAAUAGUCGAUCUGCUCAUUUCAUCCUUGGAUCGCUGACACAGUCAGUAAGACUCAAUCGGGAUUGUGGCGUUGAGCUCCAGUCUUGUUAAAUGUCUGCGCCUGGCCGCGAGCUUCAAAUUGCUCCUCUUUGCAGAAAUACUUGUUUUGUUUGGGCUAUAUUGUUCUGAUUUUACAAACCAUUGAGCAUGUCAUUUUUUGUUAAUGCAUUUUUUGUUAAACCUGGAUUUCAAACAUGUUCUGUAUGGAAGUGUUACUCUGAGAAGUCACGAUUUUUAACUUUCUUUCUUUCUUUCUUUCUUUUUUUUUUUUUUUUUUUUUUUUUUUUUUGUUAAAGCUUUAAAGCUGACAAUAACGAUUAGCAUGCAAAGUAACAGGUUAUGUCUAGCCAGUGUAGCUUUGUGAUUAUGAUUGUAUUAGAGAGCUGAAGUGCUUCUCAUCUGCUGUCUCCAUACAGGGUUAGUGUAUGGAAGUCCACUGGAGCAGCGGUGUGGGUUAUUCGCAGUGCUGCUAUGCAGACAGACUGGAGCCACACUGCUGAACUGUAAACCUGACUUUGAUCACGGGCUAGGACUGCUUACACAGAAUGAAAGUAACUUUUACAACUAAUAAAGAAAGAACUUUCUGCAGGUGCCAAUCCAGAGAGACAGCCUCUGUGGGAUAGAAGAUGUACACUACUCUCUGUAGCUACCAGUGACUCAGUGCUGCUAUGCAGACAGAGUGGAGCCACAAAAAAACUGCCAGUUCAAGCAGCACACAGCAUUCUGCAGCCUCUGCAGCUUCUGCAGUUGAAUAGCUCGUGUUUUACAGAAGAGAGCUGAAAGAUUUGUCUUUAAGAGGGGAAAUAUGUUGUGAUUAGACUUAAAAAGUCAUGCUUGAGUUGUAUAUAAAAUUAUGGAGAUUCAGCAUAGAUAAAGUUGAAUGUCAGACAAUGGAAACAAUGGAAACUCACAACUACACUGCUACCAUAUAGCAGCAACUGCAUUUUGUUUUUUAUGGAACAGAGACUUUUGUUGGAACAGCUCUGUGUUUGAGUCCUUCAAGCUAACUGUUUCAGUCACAGUGAGAAUGUUUUGUAAGCUAUUCAUGAUGCCAUACUUUCUAACUAAUUCUAAUUACCACUACCUACAUUGUGGGUGCAAAACUACAGCUAUAUUUGCUCAUCUUAAGUUAAUCAGUUGAAAUAACUCAGCUGUCAGGUUGUGGUUCGAAUUAGGAUAAAAAGUGAGUAUCAGCUUUAAAGCUUACGCUAAUUUUAUUCAAUUCAGUGACUCUGAAUCAAAACUGACUCGUCUAUGUGAUGUAAACCACUAUUGAUAUAUUGACCUAUCUUGAUUACAUAGCUAUAGACAUAUAUUGGAGUGUAUGUUUUCCACAGCUGAUACACAUGGUGCAAGGACCACUGUGUAGAGGACCAUAGUAUGAGAGCAGGCUACAAAUGUUAAAUACUAAUACUAAUACUAAUAAUAAGUAAAAAUUAAAAAUGAGUUUAGCAGCAAAUGCAUUUAUUUGGUUUAGUUUUACUUAGCCCAAUUAAGAAUAGAGACAUUGUCAGGUAGGUUAACUUUAUUAGUUAGUUAAUUAGAUAGCUUGUUCUCAGUGCUGAAGAAUGAGGAACCCUCAUCUGUGGUCUGAUGCUUGUAAUAAAUCCAUCUCUAGCAAUAAAACAGACCAGACACUUAUAUCUGUCCCAGGCAUUAACAAGAAGUUCAAGAGGAAGUCCCGUGAGCCCAAACGGCUAUAUAAUAGCUCCUCUGACCCUAUGGGCAUAAAAACCUACCAAGCAGACUUGGACGAGGAUUUGGCAGAGGAGAUUCAUAAAGAGCCAUGUAAUGUUAGCACGCUGGCCCCUGUACAGAGACAACUGAUGACAUCACAGGAGGCAAGACCCAGUACCACUGCGAUUCUGUCAGAACUAAUAGAUGGCAAAAUUAAGUCACCUAGUGCUCAGAUUGGUGCCAUUGACAUGAGGAUUGGCAGUAAUGUUCCUGCUAUCACAGCGAAACUGUCACAGCUGCCUGUCUCUCAGUUCUCUAACGCACAGACAUCAGACUGGCCCUGCACCAUCACUCAGCCACAACCAAAUGGACUCAAACUGGGCCUUUGCUCCUCUUUCACUCCCCUUACAACAGCCAACGCUAAUUACAGUCAUCCAUCCAUCCACCAUACCUUCAGCCAGGACUCCUCUCUGCUUGGCGAAGCUGCAGCUCUGUCUGUUCCUGGAGCAUCCCAGACCUCCCAGUGUAACGGUCAUACUAUGGAGUCCCAGAUCCAUUCACCCAAGGAGACACCAAGGAAGCGGGUGGGGAUGAGUGCUGACCUUCCUGGGCGUCUUCCAGAAGUCAAAGCUAUCCAGCAGACCAGGCGGCUUCUGGCCAAUGCCAGGGAAAGGACCCGUGUCCAUACUAUUAGCGCUGCCUUUGAGGCCUUGAGAAAGCAGGUGCCAUGCUACUCCUAUGGACAAAAGCUUUCUAAGCUGGCUAUAUUACGAAUAGCCUGCAACUACAUCCUGUCUCUGGCUCAGUUGGCUGAGCUAGACUACAGCUCAGACCACAGCAGUCUGAGCUUCUCUCAGUGUGUGGAGCAGUGUACCAGGACCCUGCAGGCUGAGGGCAGGAGCAAAAAGAGAAAGGAAUGAAUCCUGAUGGAGGCAAGCAGGACUAUAGGCACGAGGAAGAGAGAAGGAGAGAAGAAAACCAGAGGAAAGACAAGGAGAUGCAGAGAGGGCAACUGAAUGGAAGAGAGGACUUGUUACUGGACUCUAUUCCUGCCUUGCUAUGAGUCAUAGACUGCUCUCACUGCACAAAAAUAAAUCAACUAAAGCCAGUACUUGUCAUAAAUAGGAGCUGUGGCAUCAAAGAAUCGGCUAUAGAGGCUUUAUUGACAGUCGCUGAGCAUAAAAAAGGCAGAAAACAGAUAAAGGUGGGCUUAAAAAGGAGAUCAGUGGGAGAUUGGUGAAUUGUAGGACUUUGUGAAAAAAAAAAAAAAAACAGAUCAUUGGUUUAGCAACAGUCAGCUAAA